CACUUUUUUUUUAAUUAUAUUAUAAAUAAAUUUGUGAGGUUUUCUUCAUUAUCAGAAACUAAACAGAUAUUAUAUAUUUUUAUUUCUUUUUUUUUUAGUUUUUUUUAGUUUUUAAAUUUUUUGUUGUAUUAAAUAAACAAUAAAGAAAUGGCCAGAGAAAUUAUCUCAAUUCACAUCGGUCAAGCUGGUGUCCAAGUUGGUAACAGUUGUUGGGAAUUAUAUUGUCUUGAACAUGGUAUUGGUAUUGAUGGUAGCCUUCCAGAUGCUCGUAAAUCACAAGGUGAUAACAAAGAUUUAAAUACUUUCUUUAGUGAAUCAUCAAAUGGUAAAAAAGUUGUCCCAAGAGCUAUUUUCUUAGAUUUAGAACCAACUGUUAUUGAUGAAAUUAGAACUGGUAGUUACAAAGAACUUUUCCAUCCAGAACAACUCAUCACUGGUAAAGAAGAUGCCGCUAACAAUUAUGCUCGUGGUCACUACACUGUCGGUAAAGAAUUAAUUGAAGUUUGUGCUGAUCGUAUUAGAAAACUCGCUGAUCAAUGUGAAGGUUUACAAGGUUUCCUCGUUUUCCAUUCAGUUGGUGGUGGUACAGGUUCAGGUUUUGGUUCACUCUUAUUACAAAGAUUAGCCCUUGAAUACGGUGGUAAAAAAUCAAAACUUGAUUUCUGUGUUUACCCAUCACCACAAGUUUCAACCUCUGUUGUUGAACCAUACAACAGUGUUCUCUCAACUCACUCUCUUUUAGAACACACUGAUGUCAGUUUCAUGUUAGACAAUGAAGCCAUCUACAACAUUUGCAAGAAAUCAUUAGACAUUGAAAAACCAACCUACACCAACUUAAAUCGUUUAAUUGCUCAAGUUAUUUCAUCUUUAACUUCAUCACUCCGUUUCCCAGGUCCAUUAAAUCUUGAUAUCAAUGAUAUUCAAACCAAUUUAGUCCCAUUCCCACGUCUUCACUUUGUUCUCUGCUCAUACGCCCCAGUCAUCAGCAAAGAAAAAUCUGAACACGAAAACAUCACUGUUGAUGCCAUCACCAACUCUGUUUUCUCUGAAAAUAACAUCAUGGCUAAAUGUCAACCACAUUUAGGUAAAUACAUGGCUUGUUGUUUAAUGUACAGAGGUAACAUUGUUCCAAAAGAAGCCCAAAAAGCCGUUCAAAACAUUAGAAAUGAAAAAUCAAAAACUGUUUCAUUCGUCGAUUGGUCACCAACUGGUUUCAAAUGUGGUAUCAACAACUCUAAACCAACUACCGUUCUUGGUGAAAAUGGUGAUAACAUGGCUCGUACUGAAAAAUCAGUUUGUAUGUUAUCCAACACUACUGCCAUUUCACAAGUAUUCUCACGUAUCAAUCAUAAAUUCGAUUUAAUGUACAUCAAGAGAGCUUUCGUUCACUGGUACGUCGGUGAAGGUAUGGAAGAAGGUGAAUUUGCUGAAGCCAGAGAAGAUCUCCUUGCUCUCGAAAAGGAUUAUGACUCUGUCGCCGAAACAGAAGUUGAAGAAGAAGAAGAAUACUAAAAAGUCAAUAUGAACAGGAUUUUUAAACCAAUUAAUAAAUAAUUAUUUAUUUAUUAUCAUAUUAAAGAUUU